AUGGUUCUUGCGCGCAGUGUCAAUCCGGAUGAGCUGAUCGAGGCUCUGCGGAAUGAUCCAGAUGGCCGCAUGAAGUCACUCGUCUCCACUGAAAAUGCGGUCGCAAGUUCAACCCCGUACUCGACUCGAUAUGCGAGCAAGGAGUCCAUCCCCAAAUUCCGCAUCCCGCAAACGGGAGCCCCGGGUGAUGUUGCCGCACAGCUGCUUCGUGACGAAUUGGACCUUGACGGUCGGCCAAAUUUGAAUUUAGCUAGUUUCGUGGGAACCUACAUGGAAAGACAGGCUGAUGCUCUGAUGGCCGAGAACAUCUCCAAGAAUUUGGCAGAUGCAGAUGAAUAUCCUGCUCUCAUGGCCAUGCACACACGCUGCAUUUCCAUUCUUGCGAACCUUUGGGGUGCACGGUCCUCCGAGAAGGCCAUUGGAUCCUCUACUGUCGGCUCUUCGGAAGCAAUUAUGCUAGGCGGUAAAGCCAUGCAGCGGCGCUGGCAGGAGAAGCGGAAGGCCGCUGGAAAGGAUACGUCGCGUCCGAAUAUUCUCAUGGGUGCUAAUGCCCAGGUGGCUCUUGAGAAGUUCGCCCGGUAUUUCGAUGUGGAGGCACGGAUUCUAGAUGUUUCGGAGAAGAGUAAUUAUGCUCUUGAUCCGGACCUUGUUCGCAAGAACAUUGAUGAGAACACUAUUGGUGUCUUUGUCAUCAUGGGUUCAACAUACACCGGUCAUUAUGAACCCGUGGAAGAGAUCUCCAAGAUUCUGGAUCAGUAUGAGAAAGAAACCGGCCAUGAUAUUCCUAUCCAUGUCGAUGGAGCUAGUGGUGGUUUCAUCGCCCCGUUUACCUACGCGGGUGCUGGUCAGAAAUGGAAUUUCGAGCUCCCACGAGUCAAGUCAAUCAACACCUCAGGCCACAAGUUCGGCUUGGUAUAUGCUGGACUGGGCUGGAUCAUCUGGCGAGACGAAUCAUACCUUCCCAAGGACCUCAUUUUCCAACUGCACUAUCUGGGAGGAACGGAAGAGUCGUUCACGUUAAACUUCUCACGUCCCGGUGCCCAGGUGAUUGCGCAAUACUACAACUUUAUCCAUCUAGGCUUCAAUGGAUACAGAGACAUCAUGGAGAACUGUCUCGCCAAUGCCCGUCUCCUGAGCAAGGCCCUCGAGGGCACAACCUGGUUCAAAUGUGUCAGCAGUAUUCACCAGCCGAGCAAACUUUUAAAGACAGCAAAAGACACAGUUCUUGGUUCGGCCGCUGGGGAAACAUCCGCUGACUACGUCGCGGGUCUCCCUGUGGUUGCAUUCCGCUUCUCAGAUCAGUUCCAGAAAGACUACCCUCAUGUGAAGCAGGAGAGUGUCAGCAUCCUGCUACGAGCCAAGCAGUACAUCGUCCCAAACUACCCGCUACCUCCAGCUGCUAACGAGACUGAAAUUCUGCGAGUGGUUAUCCGCGAAAGCAUGAGUGCGGAUCUCCUCGAAAGGCUGAUUGGCGAUAUUGUGGCCGUAACCGAGAGACUGGUUGAAUCCGAUCCAGUGGAUCUCUCCCAUCUGCAGACCGAAGCACAUCAUACGCGCGCUGAGCGAUAUCUACGUCGCAGCAAGACUCAUGGACAGCAGGAUCACCACAAGCCAGCAGAUUGGAUGAAGUCGAUGGGCCGGGGUGUGCACCGAAGUGUUUGCUGA